AUAUUCUUGUGAAAUAUUGAUAAUACCACUGUCUGUACGAAUAACUAUAAGAGGUUGAAAAUGAGCUGUUUUUAAACAUGAGGUGACUUGAAUGAAAAAGUACACGUAUAUUGGAAGAAUGUUGGAUACCAGGGCCAAACUUUCACAUACAAUGUGAAAAAUACUAUUCUACUAAAGCAAUGCUGAAUAAAAGAAACGAGGCAGCGCAAUCAUGAAGGUUCCGUGACAAUCGCUCCAUCAUCUUUUAUGAAAAAAAAGAAAUAUUAAACAAAAAAAUAAAUAAAUAUGGAAUUUAUAAAAAAGAUGAAAGAAGAGAGGAAAGAAAAUGAUAAACGUGUGAAAUUGAAUAUUGGAGGGCAUUAUUUUGAAACUUGGUUUAGCACGCUGGAACGGAUUCCGGGCACCCGUUUGGCGUUAUUGGCGACCCUGAAGGAGGCGGACGAGAGUUACGAUGCAGACAAUGGGGAGUACUUUUUUGACAGACACCCUGGGGCCUUUAUGGCAAUUCUCACCUACUACAGAACGGAAGAACUUCACGUGGACCAAAAUAUUUGUGGAAAUAUUAUAAAAGGGGAACUGGAGUAUUGGGGUCUUACAGAGCUGGAUAUAGAGCCCUGUUGUUGGGGGCAAUACAGUAAGUUUAAGGACCACAAGGAGACUCUGGCGGCCCUGGAUGACAAUUUUACGUCACAGAUUGACGUGGAACCCACGGCAUGGGACACAGGCAAGCCAUCCAGCCUCAGUAGGUUCAAGCAUAAUAUGUGGCUCUUCCUAGAGGAGCCUGGUUCAUCUAGAGCAGCAAAGGCGUAUGCUGUGAUUUCGAUGUUCUUUGUUUGUUUAUCGAUAGCCGUGUUUUGUCUAGAAACUUAUGAAAAAUUCCGUGUUCCUAUCAAUGACAAGGUGAAGCCUAUCAAUAAAACGGGAAUGUACUUGAAGGAAUCGACUACUGGAGACUUCUGUAUUAAAACCAACACAGAACUGAAGUACGAAUUCUCCGACACCCAACCUCACAUCGUCAUGCAAAUCAUGGACUACAUAUGCGCUGCCUAUUUCACCACAGAAUACACCAUCCGAUUUUUCUUUGCACCAAAGAAGUUCAAAUUCAUCCGUCAACCGCUGAACGUUAUUGAUAUUUUCUGUCUAAUUCCUCAUCUCAUUGCCAUUAUCCUAGUGACCAUUAACCCCAACGAUAGCACCAGUCAGCUAUUUAAGUCCAUGCUGGCUCUGCGAACUGUGCGUAUUCUAAGAGUGUUUAAGCUGAUGAAGCACUACAGUGCUUUCAACAUCCUUGUGUACACUAUCAAAGUCAGCAUAAAGGAGCUUAUGCUCAUGAUUAUAUUUCUGUUGACGGGAGUCUUGAUAUUUGCAAGUGUUAUAUUCUACGUGGAGAGUGAAAAUUUCGAGAAUAUCCCGAUCGGAAUAUGGUGGGCAUUAGUCACCAUGACGACCGUUGGCUAUGGAGAUAAAGUGCCGAAAUCGGAAGCCGGGUACAUUAUUGGUUGUGUGUGUGUAAUUUGCGGUGUUCUGACAGUGGCUUUUACGGUUCCGAUAGUGGUGAACAACUUCGCACUUUAUUACGCGCACGCUCAGUCGAGAAUUAAAUUACCAGCCCAUAAACGCAAGGAACUUAAAAGAAAACUAUAUGCAAAGAAUAAAAAGUCAUUAGACCUUGUCAAUAAGUGGAAGAAUGCUCGUAAAAAGGAACCGACAGAGUUCACGGAAAUGAAUGCAAUUAAGAGCCCGAGAGCGCCACCGUGUGGCGAAGAGUCGCCGACGGACAAGACGUCGAACUCCAGCGCUGUGAACGCGGCGUACUUCCAUUACAAUACUCCGAAAAAUAACUCUAAUUCAACAGACAAUAAAAGUACCCGUGUGGUUACAAUAUCAGAUGGUGUCAAUACUACGAGCCCACCAUUAUCCAUCACUCCAAUAGAGACAGACUUAAGUGAAAUUGAGCAACACAAGAUUGAAACUGCAAAUCUUUUGAAUAAUCUGAAACAAAAGGAUGAAAAGAUUAGAGAAGAGCGGAAGCGACAACUGGGCAUGCUCAACGAGAAAAGGGAGCGGUUACACAAUGCAGGAAAGACCCCACGGACGACCCCUGCCCCUGCGGCCGCCUCAAAACGAAAGUCAUGACAAUACAAGCCAGUGGCCGAUAUUGAGCUGUUCAGUCACACGUGCGUAGGUCAAAAGAUGACAAAGCCAUUUUUUCGAAAUUGAAAAAGUAUCACCAUAAUUACUUUCUCGUCAUAGGCCAUUGAAAUUACAUUGCCACGUGACUUGUGAAAUUUCCCAUGAUGCAUUGCAUUGAUCACCCGGACUGAACAUUUCGUAGGCUUUGUUGUUGGAUUCAAGUGACAAUUUGCAGCUAGACUUCAUGUGAUCAUAUUUUAGCUUUAAGAGUAUACUUUUAAAUUCUUGUUACAAUUGCGUAGAUUUGAUUCAUUGAUUUCAAAUGCUAUUUUUCAUCGGUCAGAGAAAGAUUAAAUAUGGACAUGUAAGUGUUACCGGAGAUGUUAAAGAGAAAAAAGUCGACUGUUAAAGUUUUCUCAUCUUUUAUUUUUCUAUAGUAUUGUACAUAUUUGUAGACAUUUUAUGAAUGGUGUAAGAUUUUUGAUAGCUGUCUGCGAUUCUGUAGCUUGUAAACAUCGAUAUGUGUUGCUGAUCGUAGUACUCGAAGAAUCAUUGUAUCAUGUAUGUACAGAGUUUUAUAGGGCAAAAUUUAUCAAUUGCUGUUCUCCGUGUUUUUCUUUUUUAUCUAUAUAUUUUUUUUUAUUAAAUUCAAGCUGACAUGGAAAUUUUAAACCACACUCGAGUACAAGUAUGCCUAAUUAAACUUAAUAUAGGCAGUAAAUAGGUAUAAAUGUUAAUUAUACUUUUAACCUUCCUUUUUUUUAAAAUGUCUUUAAAAACAUUAUAUCAUUAAAGAUGCAAUAUGUAGAAUAUUGUAGAAAAUGGAAAAUUUAUUUUGAUAAAAAGGAACAUGAAAAUUGACAUUUUAACUUUGUCCACUCAAAAACUUAUCCAUCCACUUGAAUAACACUUUGCAAAAUCACGGCUGUUAAAAACCUAAAGAAGUAAACACGUUUUAAAAAUAUGGUUUUCCCUUUAUAUUCGUGUGUUAUAUUUAAUAAUAUCUUACACAAUACAAGUCUUUAAUUCAUUCGUAAGCUGCUAGCGAAAAACUAAGAACUUAUAUUCGUAUAUGUUAUGUUAAUUCAUCUACGAAGAUUGAAAAACCUUUCUUUUUGAAUUAGAUAUUUUUAUUAAAAUAUGAUCAGAGAGAGAGAGAGAGAGAGAGAGAGAGAGAGAGAGAGAGAGAGAGAGAGAGAGAGAGAUGAGUAUCAUUAAGUUUACAGUGGGUUUUUUUAUUAUUUUAAUAAUGCUUAAAUUUUUAAUGGUUGUUGUUCUUAAGAUGCCAGAAUUAUCAAUUGUAUGACUUGUUAUAGAUCUCAGCCACUUUUUUUUCUUAUAUACUUUAAAGGCAAUACAAGUUGAAAUUUUAAAGUCUGAAAUUUUUAAUUGCAAAAUUAUAAUUUUCCACUUUUAGAUUACUAAAAAUAUGGUUUCCAACGUCUUUUGCAAUAAUUUUGCUUUUAAUUGGCCCUUAUUGAAGCUAUUUUUUAAAUUCUUAUAUAUUUCUUAGUAAAAAAAAAAAUUCUUCUGAUUAAAAUUUACUAAUUUAUUAUAGUCUUAACCAUCAUUAAGGUUUAAGUUAUAUACGUGUUUAUUACAAUAGCAUUUGAAACAAAAUCUUGAAAAAAUAUAUGCUUAAAUCUACGAUUUGAUCUUCCAUGGGCGGUACUUAAGUAAAAGCAAUUAAAAUUCAAUUGUUGCACAUUAUUGUGUUCAAAUUCUUUUAACGUUCGAAAAACAUGUGUUUUAGCACGGAAACAUGUGUUGAACAUUCUUGGAACAAGACAAUUCAAGGAAUAAUUGACAAUUUUUGUUCAAUAGUUUCGCCCGUCUUAGCCAAUAGAUCAAGUUGUUGAAGGAAUGUCGUUAAAGGUGAACCGCAAACUAAAAAGAUCUAGACAUAAUUUUAAAAAAAAAUUAAACUUACAAAAAACUGGACAUCGUUUUUCUCUGAUCAUUGUUAAACUUUCGGUAACCUUUUCCCACUCACUUCUGUAGAAAAAAAAAAACCAAAUACGCACGAUGCAUGGUCGAAGGAUUUGUCAUUUUGUAUUUUUGAAGGCUGUCUGUUUCAAACGAUCAUUCAGUGUCAACUUUUUUUGACGAAAAGAAAACGCUGUAUUCAUAUUAGGUCCGAUUCUAUCCACCGAUUGACUUUAUUUUUAAAUUACCAUUUAUGCAUUUUUACUCUGUACUGUAUAUAUUUUUAUAUUUUUUUAUUUUUGGAAGUAAUUGACUUUUUAGCGAUUCAUGUUUAAAUUUGUGAUACGUUUUUAUCUUUUUUUUAUUGGAACAGUUUGAUCUUGUUGGUUAGAAAACCGUUUGAAUACGGAAUACUGAUUUAUCAUGUGUAAAAAAUAAAAAGAAUACAUAACGUAUUUUCCUAUCUAUUUUUUUAGCUAAAGAACAUUCGGUAUCUGUUUUCUCAAUAUCCAUUGUUGAUAAAAUCUUUUUCAUAAUUUGGUUUUAUUUUUGCAAACUUUACUUUGACCAAAGUUUCGAAUACAAAGCGCAGCAUAUGCAGUAAUAGCACUGAAAACAUGGGAAAGGUAUACAAACUUUGAAUUAAAUAAAAAAAUGAAUUCAAGUAAAUUUCGAAAAAUGAACAAAUACUGGCUGAAGAUAUCUUGAACAUGUUCUUAUGCAAAAUGGCCAUUUCCAGAAAACUAGAAAACAUUAAUCAUUUAUUAUAUAAACUUGUUUACAAGCAAAGACCUCUUGAAUCAUCGAUAAAAAUCGGGCACAAUUUCUUGGAUAAACGUGCUCAAUUUUGAAUGACUCCCUUUUCACAUUAAUUUACAUAGAACUAAUGUCAUCACAAACUCAUUUGUAAUAAAAUUGCCAUCUUGUUUCGAUCAUUUGCGUCAAUUGUUUUCGUUUUGUUUGAAUUGUAAUGUUACACAAUAAAAAAAAUCCUUAA